GCAAACCCGGAAGCGAUGCUCUCGGCGAGGUUCUCGGUGGAAGAUUGGAACGACCAAACAAUGCAGAUGUAAUCUGUCUCUAGAAAGACUGUCCCCUAGUGCUUGAAAUGCUUUUUUAGAAUAGUAUUAAAAAUGGAAAAAGAAAAAGUAAGGGAUGAUGAAACACCAGACCCAGAAAACUCUUGGGACUUUUCUGAACAGUUUAAUCAGCUUGAAUUGUUGGAAACCCAUGGACACCUGAUUCCCACUGGUACGCAGAAUCUCUGGGUAGGCGAUUCUGAUGAAGAGGAGGAGCAAGAAGAAAAACAUGAAGAAUGGUAUCAAUUGCAAGAGAAAAAAAUGGAAAAAGAUCCAAGCAAAUUGCUUCUUUGGGCUGCUGAAAAAAAUCGGCUUGCUACAGUGCAGAGGCUACUUUCUGAGAAGGCCACUGAAGUGAACACUAGGGACGAAGAUGAGUACACCCCUCUUCACCGAGCAGCCUACAGUGGACACUUAGAUAUUGUUCGUGAGCUGGUGGCUCAGGGAGCAGAUGUUCAUGCAGUGACUGUGGAUGGCUGGACACCACUACACAGUGCUUGUAAGUGGAAUAACACCAGGGUGGCCUCUUUCUUACUUCAGCACGAUGCAGACAUCAAUGCCCAAACAAAAGGCCUCUUAACCCCCUUGCACCUUGCUGCUGGGAAUAGAGACAGCAGGGACACCCUGGAGCUCCUCCUGAUGAAUCGCUACAUCAAACCAGGGCUGAAAAACAACUCACAAGAAACCGCUUCUGAUAUUGCCAGGAGGACAAGCGUCUAUCACUACCUCUUUAAAAUCGUGGAAGACUGUACCAACUCUUCACCUCCGUCUUAAUGGCUCUAGUCAUUUUCUUAAGCUUCAAAGUACCAGUGCCUCCUAUGUAUGAGAUGUAAAAUAUCCCCAUAUACAGAGAGCAGAUGUCUCACUACAGAAAUUUUGUUGGAUGAAUCACAGUUUUCUUUCAAGUGACCUGCCUGACCUUGGUGUCAAAGUGUAUUUGAGAGGUGUUUGGAUGCAGCUGUGGUGAAUGCCACAGACAUUGUGAUUUUUAUCAGAGGUAAUUUUAACUGGACAUGGGUAAUAGAGAAGCUAAGGAUAUUUUUUGGUGCUGAUCCAAGAGAAAAGUAUUUUUAAAUAUCCCAUACCCUGGGUCUUUGUUCAGUGUUCAGCAUAUUGACUUGUAUUUUUAUAAGCUAAGAUAACUCUAAAUUUUCAUCUUCAACAUACUGGUGCAGUUCCGCUGUCUUCUCUGCAUCUCCAGUUGCUUUCAUUCUAAACAAGAAACACUAACAAAUUUGUGACUUACAUCUUCGUAAGUUCAAAAAAUAGUGAAACAUUUAGGUGUAUUUAUUGUAAGAUGUAGGCCAUUCUGAGGAAAGCAGUUAGGGAGAUGUUUAAUCCUUGAGUGUUUUACACUGCCUCCCCCACCACAUUCCUCAUAAUCCUGUGGACAGUCCUACCUCACCCUGGUCAACCCAUGUGACCCUUAUUGUUAUGGCCAGUCAGUGUCACUUUGACAUGCACAAAACUGUACCUUGGUCCAAGAGGUUAAAACUGCCCUCCGAAGGGUUCACCCGUCUCUCUCUCCCCCUGCUGGUGUGGGCACUACUUACCUAGACUCAGUGAGUUCCAGGAAAUGUCCACCACUGCCCCUCAGCCCUCAUUUUCUACAAGCCAUGACAAAGGCAAAGGGACACAGCAUUGUAACAGUGAGGAGUGAUUAUCAUAUGGGACCAGAACAACAAGUGGCUCAGGCUUUCUUACAAAAACCAAACAAACAACAAGAGAUAAAAUAUGGGUAGUGACAUAGCAUAAAUAGAAACAGAGUAGAAACUGACAGUGCAGAAGGCGUGAAUUCUUCUUUAACUGGCACAGAACUUCACUGGAUCUGUGGCACGUUUGUUCAAGUUCAAGCUGCAUUAACUUUUCUCUUCCUGGUGCCUGCAACAUAGUUUGUGAUGGACUCCCUAGCCCCUCUGUAUUCCCAAAGGGUCUUCUCACCACGAGAACUCGAGUCCAAGGGAAGACCACGAGGGGCUCAUCCUCAUUGUCAGAGUCAGCUUAGACUCACCCAGGAGUUGGCCUCUAGCGUGUCUGGAAGGGAAUUAAUAGAAAGGUUUAACUGAAGAGAGACUGUGUGUCCAGAUGUGUGUGGCACUGUUGCAUGGGCUCAAGUCCCAGAUUAAAUAAA